AUGCAUUCGUUGGCUUCUACAUUAACGUGGGCUCUUAUAAGUUCCGUCUAUUUCCAACAUUGCGCAGCGAUUUAUACAUUGGUCGAUGAUUACGCCGGGACAAACUUCUUCUCUGGCUUCGACUUCUUUAGCGACAAAGACCCUACCGAUGGAUUCGUACAGUACCAGCCAGAACCUGAUGCUAUCAGCAAAGGCCUCGUUGGCUAUCUUAAGGAUGACCUAGUCCCUGGAGGACAGGCCAAUAUAUCAUCCGUCCUCGUAGGCGUCGACUACACCGCAAAGGUCACGGAUAAGGGGCGUCCCUCUGUCCGUCUCGAGGGCAAAAAAGGAUACGAUACAGGUCUGCUCGUUGCCGACAUCCUCCACAUGCCCGACUCUAUCGAUGGGUCCUGGCCUGCGCUAUGGCUGCUAGGCAUGGAUGCCGAGUGGCCCACAGACGGCGAAAUUGACCUCGUCGAAGGCGUGAACAGUGCUGUCAACAAUGCUGUUACUCUCCACACCACACCAGGCUGCUCCAUUUCCACCGACAACGGCGGUGGCAAAGCAUUCUCCGGUACAGUUGUAACGGACAACUGCGACGUGAACGCGGAGGGCCAGGGCAAGAACGUCGGCUGCUCCAUCUAUAUGGCCAACAGCACCGGCCCAUCUGACCCAUUAGCCAACUAUGGCACUGCCUUCAACGCCAACGGAGGCGGCAUCUACGUCCUUGAAUGGGGCACGAGCGGCAUCUCCGCCUGGUUCUUCUCGCGCUCACAAGCAUCCACAUUCCCACCCUCGCUUCUCGGCCAAACGCCCGACCCAACUGAAUUCGGCACCCCGGUCGCGCUCUUCAAGGGCGAGUGCGACUAUGCGAGCCAUUUCCGGAAGCUGCGCAUCAUCAUCAACACCACGUUCUGCGGAGCAUGGGCCGGCCAGGUAUGGAACGAACAGGGCUGUGCUGACCGCACAAAGGCCGCGACUUGCGAGGAGUAUGUCCAGAAUAACCCCGAUGCGUUCCAGGAAGCGUACUGGGAGUUUAGGGGUCUCAGAGUGUUCGGUGACGGCACGGAUACGGAGACUAGGAGGGCGGAUGGGAGGUUCAGGAGGGACGUGGUGCGAAGAGAGGAGCGUGCGAGGAUGACUCCACGACACAUCGCACGGCCAGGGCAGAAGAGAGCUGUUAAGCUGAGGGUAUGA